GCACUGGGACCUUGAAAAGGCAAAUACACUUUGCCUCCCUUGCUCGUUCAUUAUAAACAAAUUAUCAACAAAAACUAACCUGUUCAGCCAGUUUCUCGGAGCAACCGUGGGAGUCACAGCAGCUCUUCUGUCACCAUGAAGGGGACCUUCUCAGAUGCCAUCCCUAUUCUAGCUAUCUCCAUGUGGAUGGCCUUUGCAAUUGACUUCCCCCUUCCUCCGGCCUCUGAAAGAGCUCAGCCAGACAAAACAACAGUGGAGUGCCUCAAGAAUAUAAAUAGCUGCUGGUUUUUAUCCUACAUCAAGCCCAGUGGACCUAUUUGUGGCAGUGACCAGGUUACCUACAGUGGUGAGUGCCAUCUCUGCUCGAAAAUUCUAUUUGAAGGGCUUAAUAUAACUAAACUGUAUGAUGGACCAUGCGAAAACUAUUGAACGUACCACAAAGAAUUAUAAAAUCUGCUGAAUCUCCAGAUGGCCAAGUGAAACACAAUGAUUGCCUCUUCAAGUAUAGCCCCUUUAAUUACUAAUGGCUGGAUCAAAUUCAUUGAUUUAUUAUCUUCAAUAAAUGAUUCUCAGCAGAAAA